GCUCCCAAAUUACUAGUGACCCCACUUUUCAGUCUCCUUAGAGUGAGGCUACUAAACUCCAGUCCCUUAGCCCUGUCUCAGACCCAUCCCCCAUACAUGUCUGCGAAUGGUACUCAAACCUCUAACUUCUCUCAGGCCACCAGGUAACUCCUCAGUUGUGCCAGCCCCUCAUUUGCUUCUCCUUCAUUUCCUCAAAUCCACAUGAACCCUUCUCUGUUUCCCUCUCAGCUCCUCUUCCCCCCUCCCCCAUUCACCUAGAACUCUUGAUCCACUCUCCAUAUUUCCUGUAUCCCCUCUCCCUGAACAUCUGUCUCACAAUUCUGCUAGCCUUUCUGUCCCACUGAGUUUCAAACUCUCCCAUUGCAUCCCCACCUUACCAUCUAUUUCCCAGUCUCCCUGCCUCUCUUAUAGGGGGUUGGGGAGAGUGGAACAGAGUGGCUGAGUGUGCUGGAGGGUGGCCCAAGGACUGUGAUCAUGAAUAUGCAGUCAGCCUGGAAUUGACUUCAAGAUCCGCACUGUGGACAUAGAAGGGAAGAAGAUCAAACUGCAAGUCUGGGACACGGCUGGGCAAGAGCGAUUCAAGACGAUCACUACUGCCUAUUACCGUGGAGCCAUGGGCAUUAUCCUAGUAUACGACAUCACAGAUGAGAAAUCCUUUGAGAAUAUUCAGAAUUGGAUGAAAAGCAUCAAAGAGAAUGCCUCUGCUGGGGUGGAGCGCCUCUUGCUGGGGAACAAGUGUGACAUGGAGGCCAAGAGGAAGGUGCAGAAGGAGCAGGCCGAUAAGUUGGCUCGGGAGCACGGAAUUCGAUUUUUCGAGACAAGUGCCAAAUCCAGUAUGAAUGUGGAUGAGGCUUUCAGUUCUCUGGCCCGGGACAUCUUGCUCAAGUCAGGAGGCCGGAGAUUGGGAAACAGCAACAAGCCCCCCAGCACUGACCUGAAAAGUUGUGACAAGAAGAAUGCCAACAAGUGCUCCCUGGGAUGAGAACCCCUUUCUGCCUCCCCACCCUAAGUCUGGAGGCUGAACCUGAGGGAGGCCGGGCUGAGGGGCUGGGCAGGGGAGAAAUAGCAGUGGGGGCUUGGAGGGAUUGAGGUGGAUAGAUGGUGGAAGAAUGGGGAGAAAAUGGAGAAGAAAAAAGGAAGAAGACAGAAGGGAAGAGGAAAAGAAGGAAAGGAGGUAGAAUAGGCAAGGAGAAGAGAAAGAAUUGAGGAAGUGAAAGAAGGUGAGAAGGAGGUAGGGAGAGAGGGAGGAGGAGAGGAAGGAUAGAUGGCCCUGGGCCUCAGACUUUCCCUUUGUUUCCAGGGCAAACAUAAAUGUAAAUAAAUAACUGAUUUAUUCUGUUACUGGA